AUGUUGUUGGCUAGGCGGAGGCUCCUUCCGAGUGGUCGUGGAAGAUUGGCGGCCCCAUGUUGCAAGCUGUGGCUGCCGGAACGCCGUGAUGCCGAAGCGUCUCAUGUGGCCCAAGCGUCACGCGAGAUUCGUGCUGCCAGGCACUUGCCGAGGAGGCGCAGCUGCUGCAUAUUUACUGGCACUGCUGGUGCGUUAUCUCACCGGCAGUUAGAAUGCGGGUGCGCGUUCUUGAGCAAGGCAAGUGGUGGGGGUUUAAGGUUGUUGCAUGGUACCAGCAGAGCUGCCGCGAAGGCGAAGCUAGGGCACGGAGUGAGGACGGAGACACCCGCUAUCCCUUCGUUCAUCGAGAUAAGGGAGUUGGCGAGCCUCCUGCGGGUCAAACCAAGGGCGCUUUUCAAGUCAAUGGGCGGCUAUCAGGAGAAGAAAAAGCACAGGAUCGCCCUCAGCGGGGUGCCCUACGCGUUUCCAAACCUUGGGAACGUGGUCGUUCCGUUUCAGGACGCGCAAGCAGUGGCGAAGGUCUUAGGCAAAGAAAUACGGUUCCUCGACAUCGAAAAAAAGCCGCAGCGUGCCGCUAUCCUAGCUCGAUCCGACGACUCCCGGGCACCUUUGUGGGAAAAAGGGCAACCCGCUGGUCAGGGGCGCAGACCUGUCGUCGUGCUCUUGGGGCACUUCAACCACGGGAAGACGACAAUCCUCGACGCGCUUCGAGGGCCCAGCAGUGGCAUCGCUGAUCGAGAACCUGGAGGCAUCACCCAGGAGAUACGAGCGCGCACUGUUUCCCUGGAACCAACGUCGGGGGAGACGGCUCAGGAUACGAACGAUGACGACGCUGCCGCAUCUCCCCGUUCGAGGUCGGCCAAGGUGGCGACGGUUCUUGACACCCCUGGCCAGGAAAUAUUUUACCGGAUGAGAACGAACGGGGCAAGAGUUGCGGACGCAGUGGUUCUGGUUGUUUCAGCGGUGGACGGCGUUUGCCUCCAGACGUCGGAGAGCAUCGGCUGUGCGGAGGAGCUAGGACUGCCGGCAGUGGUGGUCCUGAACAAGAUUGACCUCUUGCCGGACGAGGUGGCGGCACAGAGAGUGAAGGAACUAUCGGCAGAAGUGAGAGAGUUCGUAGCCAUCCAAGACGCCAAGGUCCUCCCGCUCUCCGCGCACACAGGCUUCGGCCUGGACAACCUCCGAACUAGCCUGGCGGAUGCUCUAAGCCAAACCUUCCUCCCUAAGGAACGCGUCCACCCAACGAUGGCAGAUCCGGAGAAUUUCGGGCUACAACCCAGCCACAGCGAAACCUCUCCCGAUUUGGGGAUUCCUAGGGUUGAUCCCGAUCCUGCACCACCUGUAGGGCAGGCUGGAUCCGAGGUUGCUGUUGCGGCGGGUGUUCACAGUGCCGAAGGAGGCUCGGCAGGGGGAGUCGAAGUCGUCAUGGCUGAAGCCCCGGAGGGCGCAGCUACCGGAACUGUGCUUGACUACACUAGUAGCGCCAAGACGGGCAAGGUGUUGCUGGUACUGGUGGAUAGAGGAGUUCUUCAGCCUGGUGAUCCAUUCGUCUCGGGGAUGUUGUGGGGCUUUGUACGCUCAAUCUACGACGAGGAGGGCGACGAGCUGCUCGAAAAUGCAGGUUCUGGGGUGGCAGCGAAAGUGGUAAUCGUACCUCGAACUCGUGUGUCCAAUGCUCCUUUGGGGGAACCGUUUCGGGUCUUGACAAAGGAGGCUGCCGAGAAGGUAGCCCACGUGCGCCUGCUGGCCCGCACUAUGGACAACUUCAUCGACCAUAACAAGCUGGACAGAGAAUUCGCACACCUCUUGGGCGGGGACGAGGAUGACAAUGAUCAAUCUUAUGGCGGGAGCGACGAGGACGAUCAACCUGGACGCCCGGCGGAACAGCCUGACGGAACGGGUGAUGACGUAGAUUACUCGGAGACAACACUGAGAAGCACAGCACGGUCGCCCGAACCGUCCAAUCGGCGGUGGAGCAACCUCGAACAAGAAGAGGAAUUAGCUCCGGAGAACAUGCCGGUGACCAUCGUGGUAAAGGCCGACAACGCCAACACCCUCGCCAGCGUGCUUGACGCGCUUGGAGACUGGGGAGACGUCGAAAACCCCACGGAAAACGUUGGGGAACAACUCGCCGCGGAAGCGUCCGAUAGCAAUCCUGAAGGAGUUUUGGAGAGAGUUCGACGAAGGCAGCCGCAGGAGUGGGGGGAAGGUGACCUGCAGCACAAGCAGCGCCGGAGGUUGCUUGUCUCCGUAGCUCACUCGGGUGUCGGGGCCGUGACGUCGUCUGACGUACGUCUCGCAAGAGACUGCGAAUGUCCGGUGUUUGCUCACAACGUCAGGACCGACACCUCCGCCACGAGGGAGCUGAAACGAGUUGGCGGGGGUGUAGUGCCGGCCUUGCCAGAGGGGGGGGCGGUGGCGGUUGGUGAGGAGGUGAGCGUAGGCAUUGGAGGGCAGGAAGGGUUUAUCGGGAGGGCGGGGGAGGGGAGAGAGUGCGUCGUGGUGUCGGAAACGGUAGGGGAGCUACUCGGCGAGAUCGAACGGUUUGUGUUGCGCGUCAGAUAG